UUUUUGCAUAUAAUUUUUUUUUAAUUCUGCUUCAUAUGAGUACAAAAACAAGUCAAUCAGUAGUGGUGCACGAUUAGUACUCAAUGGAAUACCAACCGUUUGCUGCGAUAUCAAUCCACCAAACACCAAAAAAUGUUGUCGAUCUAAAGUCUAGCAUCGUGAUGGUACCAUUUUCGAUGUAUUUGUUAUCGAUAUUAGUGUGAUUGUUCCCAAAGUUAUACAUUUAAUGACCAUUUACAGAAUUAAAAAUAUCCUUAUUAAGAAGAAAAGAAUUUAUUUGAAAUGUACAUUUUUUAGAGAUACAUAAAGUACUUUUUUUGUUAUCUAUUAUACCCUUUAUUUAGAAAAAAGUGAUUUUACUGUGCUUAUUUUAACAUUGUAUAGAAUUGAGAAUGGAAAUGGGGAAUGUGUCAAAGAGACAACAACCCGACCAUAGAGCAGACAACAGCCGAAGGCCACCAAUGGGUCUUCAAUGCAGCGAGAAACUCCCGCACCCGGAGGCGUCCUUCAGCUGGCCCCUAACCAAAUAUGUAUACUAGUUCAGUGAUAAUGGACGUCAUACUAAACUCCAAAUUAUACACCGGAAACUAAAAUUAAAAAUGAUACAAGACUAACAAAGGCCAGAGGCUCCUGACUUGGGACAGGCGCAAAAAUGCGGCGGGGUUAAACAUGUUUUUUGAGAUCUCAACCCUCCCCCUAUACCUCUAGCCAAUGUAGAAAAAAAACAAACGCACAACAGUACGCACAGUAAAACUCAGUAUAAGAGAAGUCAGAGUCCGAUGUCAGAAUAGGAAACAAAAGAAAAUAAACAAAAUGACAAUAAUACAUAAAUAACAACAGACUACUAGCAGUUACUGACAUGCCAGCUCCAGACCUCAAUUAAACUGAUUGAAAGAUUAUGUCUUCAUCAUAUGAAUAUCAGGCACAAUCCCUCCUGUUAGGGGUUUAGUAUUAUACCGUCAUAAAAUAUACAAAGACCCUAUAAGUGAAUCAAUAUUAAAGCCAAAAUAUGCAAUCUUUAAUGACCUGACAAUAGUAUCGUAACUAUAUCCCUUCUUAAUAAGUCUGUUUAAAGGUUUUGUUAGCUUUUGAGGUGAAUACUGACAUUUUUGUGCUUUGUAAAGAAUAUUACCAUACAAGAUUGGAUGUGAAAUACCCGAACGUAUAAGAUGUCUGCAUGUUGAGUUAUAUUUACGAAUGAUGUCCUUAUACCGAUGAUAAAAUUUAGUAAAUGUUUUGACAAGUUUAUGAUAUCGAAAACCUUGGUGUAAUAAUUUUUCAGUAAUACAUACAUUUCUCUCGAUAAAAUCUAAUACGUUGUUACAUACACGAGCGAAUCGUACAAGUUAAGAUAUAUAAACACCAUAAGAUGGUGACAAGGGAACGUCACCAUCUAAAAAUGGAUAAUUAACGAUAGGAAAUGAAAAAUCAUCUCUUUUAUCAUAAAUUUUUGUAUUAAGCUUUCCGUUAAUGAUAUAGAUAUCAAGAUCGAGGAAAGGACAGUGGUCAUUGUUAGUAUUAGCUUUAUUUAAAGUAAGUUCAACAGGAUAAAUUUCUUUAGUAUACAUACUGAAGUCGUCAUUAUUGAGAGCCAAUAUAUCAUCCAAAUAUCUAAAAGUAUUGUUAAAUUUUCGUAAAUAAUUUGACGAAAUAAAUCUAUAUUUGUAAGGUGAUUUGUGUAGCUUCGGAAGCCAGUACAUAGUUGGGACUUUCAUUGUAUUUGGUUCUGCUUGUAAAGAAGCAGCUAAUAGUUUAUGUUUGUUACAUAUAUCGAUUUCUGAAAAUGAAGUCAGUUGGAAUGUUGGUGAAUUCGUUCUUUUAUGCGUCUUUGGUUAGUUUUAAAUGAUCGGAAUUAAAAGUGGAUUGAUUGAGAUCUAAAUUAAACUCGCUACAUGUUCAGUGCCUGUCUCAAGUCAGGUGCCGCUUUUCUUAUCGUAAUAUGUGUUUUUUGUCAUUUUGGGAUUUGGCGUUAAUUAUAGAUUUUUGAUAGUAUUUUUUUAAUUUUAGUGUAUCCAAUACUUUUCUAUAUUGGGCGAUUUAGAGAUAUACGUGUUGCAUAGACAUAUGUCUAUUGUUGAAGAUCGCAUAAUAUCUAGUUUUUAUGUUAAUAUUUUUGUUGCUGUAUCAUCUACAUAUCUUGUUUAUUCAUUUCAAUCCUUCAUUCAGUUAAUCCGUCAAUUCGCCAAUCCAUCUUUCUUUUAAGUGAGACGAAACAAGAUAUGUAUCCAUAAGACAUACUCAGUGUACUGUUUUGAUUAAGUGCCGAAUUUACCAUGUCCUAUCUCCCAACAGAUCGACUUAGCCCAUGUCCACCAUUUUCUUAUGUCGGCGUGGACACAUUCGGUCCAUGGUCCGUCGUAUUUCGUAAAACUAGAGGAGGCUCAGCCAACCAGAAACGUUGGGCGUUACUGUUUACAUGCAUGACCACACGCGCUGUGCAUAUCGAAGUGAUAGAAGACAUGUCAACCUCGUCUUUCAUCAACGCUAUGAGACGCGUAAUUGCAGUUAGAGGUCCUAUCAUACAAUUUCGUUCUGAUCGAGGAACUAAUUUCAUUGGAGCAACAUCAGAGCUCAAUAUUGACCCUGAAUUUGUCGAAAAAGGACCAAUCAAGAAAUUCUUACUGAAAUCCGGAACUACCUGGAAAUUCAAUCCACCAUAUGCACAUCAUAUGGGCGGCUCAUGGGAGAGACCAAUCGGUGUUUCUCGUCGGAUACUCGACAGCUUGUUAUUGAAAAACAAAAGUAGGACAAUUACACACGAAGUGCUUGUUACUCUCAUGGCUGAAGUUAUGGCCAUCAUAAACAAUAGACCAUUACUACCAGUUUCGACUGAUCCAGAGUGUCCCAGUAUUUUGAGUCCGUCGUCACUUCUUUCGAUGAAAACUUCACCAGACGUGAAACCGUUUCCUUUAUUCGGUCCAAAGGAUAUGUUGAAAGCUCAAUGGAAAUGUGCACAAGGAUUAGCAGAAGAGUUUUGGCGUAGAUGGAAAUCCGAAUAUCUUCAUGAACUUCAGAUUCGUACAAAGUGGCAAACUGACCGUCGUAAUCUACAAGUUGGUGACUUAAUUCUCAUGAAAGAUCAGGAUGCGCCACGUAAUUCAUGGCCCGUAGGACUUGUGGACAGGAUAUUUCCUAGCUCGGAUGGCAAAAUUCGUAAAGUGGAAGUCGCCAUCGUCAAAGACGGAAAGCGCACAACUUAUUCCAGACCAAUUACCGAAUUGGUUACUCUCCUUGAAGCUGACUGACUAUAAUAGUGACAUUGUGUUUUAUUCAAUCACAUUUAAUACACGAACAAUUAGUAUAACAUUGUUAGGGAAACACAUGUUAAUUUGUCAUAUGACAUUAUCUUUUAAUUUUGAAAAUGUAGUGAUUUCAUAACGAAAUCAGAGGAGGAGUGUACUGUUUUGAUUAAGUGCCGAAUUGACCAUGUCGUCCCUUUCUUAUAAUUUCAUUCCCCUUUCUCAUCAAUCCCUCGAUUAUUGUCAAAACUGAAACACGUUGUUUUUCUACUUGGAAGUUUUAUCCACCACUAGAUUUUUCACCCUCUCCGGGGGUCUGUAUACCAAUAAACUGUUGAUCUCUCAACGACUUAUCAGUACAGUGAAAAAUCUACAUUAUAGAGAUAAACCCAAGAUAGAUUCAACAUGUCACAGUCAGAAUCCGUUUCUAGAACACUUACAUCUGAUGGAGAUCACCUUUUCCAACAGUCUAAUGAACGACAUCAAUACAAUAUUAGAACUAUUAAGAGAGAUAUCGACGCUAUUAUACUAGACGUAGAAGAUAAUCCAGUGGUGGACCUCUCCACAGCGUCGACGUACAGAGAUGAAAUUUCAAAACUAUCAGAAAAGUUUGAAAAAGUAGCUAACACAUGUUUUGAUUUCUUAAAAUCAUAUAGGACAAAAGAAAGUGAAAUCGAGCAUGCAUCAUUUAAAGUGUCAUUCUAUGCGUUAAAGGCCAAAAUAUCCGACGUCAAACAACAUCUUAGUGAAUUGCUACCUAGAAGUUCCAACCAAGAUAGUGAACGAACUCUUAAAAGUCGUAGCUCCCAUCAUAGUUCCCGUCAUACUUGGUCAACAAGAAACUCGUCACUUAAUGCUCAAUCAGAGAUUCUUAAACAAACUGUGAAACUGGAAACCGCAAGGACACAACUUAAAUAUGCCACAGAGGAGGCAGAACUGUUGCAUCGUGAAGCUACACUCAAAGCAGAGAGAAACGUCCUCUCUAUGAAGCGAGAAGUCGACGAAGCUGAGUCGGGAUUGCAAGCCGUUAAGAAGGCUUUGAAUUAUGAUCCUAAUGACUAUGGUGAAAGUUAUGAACCACCAAUAAUUGCUAAUCCGGUAGUUCAGCAUGCUGAUGUGGACAGGAUAUCUGAAAGAAAGUACCGUAGUUCUAAAGUACCAGAUACACAUAACAUUACAGAACGACGUACAGCAGAAUUUGUGGAGCAACAGCGCUCACAGCAUGCUUCUCAUUUGACCAAAAAUGACCUUCAAGCAAACAGUGUUAACAUUCCUGUUCAUUCUUUAGGACCAUUGAAUCCGACAGCACGACUUUUUGUUCCGACCCAGAGGAACGAAGCACAAGAAUUGGCCAAGUUUAUGGUAAAGAAAGACUUGAUUACAUCUAGGCUCAUAUCAUUUGAUGACCAACCUUCACAUUACUCAUCUUGGAAAAUUAGUUUUCAACACAUAAUGACCGAGUUAGAUACUAAUCCUUUGGAACAGUUGGACCUUCUAAUGAAGUAUUUGGGACCAAGCUCAAAACAGCAUGCUCAGAACAUUAGAUGUGCUAAUGCCAAUAAUCCGGCUACUGCAGUGCGGCUUAUAUGGGAACGCAUAGAUGCUAGAUUCGGUAGUCCAGAGAUGAUCGAGUCGUCACUUCACUCACGUAUAGUUAACUUCCCGAAACUUUCAAACAAUAACCGAAAGGAGCUCUUCGAGUUAGCGGACUUAGCUGCUGAGAUCGAGUCUAUUCGCAAAGAUGAAAAGUUUGCCACCACAUCGCUUACUUUGAUUCGUCUCUAGGUGUGAAUCGUUUUGUAACCAGAUUUCCUUACAGUAUUCAAGAAAAAUGGACUACUACUGCCAAUGGUUAUAAGUCAAAAAACCAUGGAGCAUAUCCGCCAUUCUCCUUCUUUGUGCCGUUUUUGCAAAACAUUGCUAAAGUGCUUAAUGACCCUGGAUUUUUAUAUGACAAUCAAGACACCAAACCGACCACAUCUAAACAAACGAGAGUACAAAAUCGUUUUCGAAGUCCUGCGCAAGUUUCAAGCAUUAAAACCGACAUUGGACACAGUAUUAAUAGACCACCUAUUCAGAAGCAAAAUGAGGACUUGUGACCCCUCCAUGGAACUAAUCAUACACUUAACACGUGCCGUGGUUUCCGUUCUAAACCAUUGUCAGAGAGACUUGAUUUAAUUAAGCAGAAAGGUUUGUGUUUCAAGUGUUGCGGACCUAAGAGACAUUUCCGUGACAAAUGUAAAGAGGAUGUCAAAUGCGGUGUGUGUGGUUCUCGUGACCAUCCGUCAGUGUUACAUGUAGAUAUUACAGCCGAACCCCAGAAAAAGCACGAGGAGGAGAAUUCUAAGGAACAGAUUAGCAGCAAAUGCACCAAAAUAUGUGACUCGAUACACAAUACCAGUAAAUCAUGUGCUAACUUAAAGAUAGUACUCGCCAAAGUAUAUCACUCUGAUAGACCAGAUCAUCUCAAAACUGUUUACUGUGUGAUCGAUGACCAAAGUAACAGGACUUUAGCAACGUCAGAUUUCUUCAACUUCUUCGGAGAAAACGACACUGAAACCGAAUAUGUACUUGCUUCUUGUGCAGGAAGGUUCGUUACUAGUGGACGAAGAGCUUCCGGAUACGUGUUAGCGUCGCUUGACGGAUCAUCCUGUCUUAACGUACCUGAAAUAAUCGAAUGUAAUGACAUUCCAAACAAUCGGGAGGAAAUACCCUCAUCUGUUGUAGCUUCAAGUUAUCCGCACAUGAUGGACAUAGCAAGUUGUGUUCCUGACAUUGACAACCAGUCUGAAAUACAGAUGUUAAUAGGCCGUGACCUUAUUAGAGCACACCAUGUUAUUGAACACCGUGUAGGAGCUGACGAAGUACCGUAUGCACAGCGUUUACCUUUAGGAUGGGUUAUUGUAGGCAAUGUAUGUCUUGGUAGGUUUCAUGGACAAAAAGUAGUUAAUGUAAACAAAACUGUAAUCUUAGGCAACGGACGACCUACUUUAUUGUCUCCGUGUGAUAGUGAGAUGUCAGUUAAAUUAGACCCAAUCUUCGACAAGACUAAACUAGACGAAAAUCAAGGUGUGUCAAUAGAGGAUCAAACCUUUUUGAAUAUAAUGUCAUCGGGAUUCUCCAAACAAGAUGAUGGACACUGGAUCGCUCCACUACCAUUUAAACCCAACAAACCUUCUUUAGAAAACAACAAACAAAUUGCAGAGCGUAAAGCUAAAUCGUUUGAUAUGAAUUUACGUUGCAACUCCGUAAAGCGCACACAAGUGUUAGAUUUUAUGCAGAAACUGUUUGAUCGAGAACAUGCCCAGAUAGCACCCAAACUAUCGCCAGGUACUGAGUGCUGGUACUUGCCUAUGUUCGCAGUGUAUCAUCCGAGGAAACCAGAGAGUGUAAGAGUAGUUUUCGACUCUUCUGCAAAACAUCAUGGACUAUCUUUGAACGACGUCUUGUUGAAAGGUCCAGACAUUUAUAACAGCCUUCUUGGAAUAUUACUCCGUUUUAGGAAAGAGGCUUACGCCGUUACCGUUGAUAUCGAACAAAUGUUUCAUAGCUUCAGAGUCAUAGAUGAACAUAGACGUUUCUUGCGCUUCCUGUGGCACAAGGACAACUAUUUAAAAAACCACUUACAGAAUAUCAGAUGUUAGUACACGUCUUUGGAAACAGUCCGUCCCCAGCAGUGGCUACGUAUGGUCUGAGACGAACUGUCCAACGCGCUGAACUUGAUGUGAAAGACUUUGUUAGCAACGACUUUUACGUAGAUGAUGGACUUACCUCUUGUGCAACUCCAGAGGGAGUUAUUGAUCUUGUUCAAAGAACUAAGAAAACUUUAUACGAAAACGGUAGACUUAGAUUGCAUAAAGUUGCAUCUAACAGCAGGUUAGUGCUAGAAGCAUUUCAUUCAGAUGACCUUGCCAAAAAUCUCAAGGACCUUGACCUUGGAUCGGCAGAUCUCCCGAUGCAGAGAAGCUUAGGUCUCUCAUGGGACACAGAACUGGACGAGUUUACCUUUAGUGUGUCUUCCGACAUCAAGCCAUUUACACGCCGCGGAGUCCUAGCAACAAUCAACAGUCUGUAUGACCCAAUUGGCUCUGCUGCACCAGUUAUCAUUAGAGGCAAAUUACUCAUGCGUCAAAUGCUCUCGUCUUCAUCUACUAUUGAUUGGGAUGAUCCACUUCCAGAAUUACUGAAUCAGCAAUGGGAAUCGUGGGUACAUUCAUUGAGCGAACUUGAAAAUUUGCGUAUAUCUAGAAAGUACAAUGGACCUUCAUUCGCCAAUAGUGUUAAACGGGAGGUUCACAUAUUCUCAGACGCUUCUAAAGAUGCAAUCGCAGCUGUUGCAUAUAUUAAAUUGUAUAGUGCAAAUACUGUUAACAUUAGCUUUCUUUUCGGGAAAGCCAAAGUUGCCCCGUCUCACGGACACACAAUCCCCCGUCUGGAACUGUGUGCUGCAGUCUUAGCAGCAGAGCUGAAUAUACAGUACUGUUUGUAUUUUUUUAUGUAUGCAUUUCCCCCUAAAAUACCAUUCAUUAUUUGUCAAUCCCACAUGUUAGGAUUUAUUUUUGUGUUUUAUUGAUGUAGACAAGGGUCACGCUCGAAUUUUCUAGAAAUACAGUCCCGCACAGUCUCAACGUGUGUAAAAUUUAUAUCGUGCGUGGUAUGAAGAGUACAGUCAAUGACAAAUGCAACCUUUCAAUUUUCUUGCAUAUUUAGAUAUGUGUGUGCAAUCUUUUUCUGAUAUAUAAAUGUUGUAUUUCGAAGUGUAGUGUACAAGAGUAUUGAACUGUAUAACCAUUUUCUUUGUGAAUGUACUACUAUUUGACAUUUAUUGUAUAGGUGUUGCCUUAAUAGUAUGCUUAUGAUUGUUAUUUUGUACUUUCAGUUUUUCACCCUCUCCGGGGGUCUGUAUACCAAUAAACUGUUGAUCUCUCAA